CUCCCCAGCUGGGACCCGGAGGCGACGGGCACUGAACUUGCAACUCACGCCCAGAGUGACUGAAGAAGAGGGAAAGGAGCGCUUUUUCCCACCACUCCCAGCCCCAGCCUUGGAAGAUGCGGCUCCUCGGGAAACUCCGCGCCUCGGCCGCGGGCAGCGCUGCGCCGGAGCUCGCCUUCCCUAACGUGCUCACCCCGGGCCGGAUCCCCGAGUUCUGCAUCCCGCCGCGGCUGCCUGCGCCCUGCGCGCCCGAGUCUCCGCCCCCAGACGCCUCUCUGCCCCGGCGGUGCGCGGCCGACCAGGACCUGUGGCCCCGAGAAGCCGACGAGGGCGCUGGGCGCACGGACUGGGACCCGCGCUCGCAGGCCGCGCUCUCGCUGCCGCACUUGCCCCGCGCGCGCACCGCCUACGGCUUCUGCGCGCUGCUCGAGAGCCCGCACACGCGCCGCAAGGAGUCGCUCUUCCUUGGGGGUCCCCGCGCUGCCGCGAUUCGCCCCCGGGCCCACACCUUCGGCGGCGGCGGCCGAGGAGACGGCCCCCUUGUGCCCCGGGGCGGAGCCCCAGCCACCACCCCCACGGCCCCCGGUGGUCUCCGCCCGCCCCGAGACGCGCUCGCCCCGAGGCCCCGCGGCUUCCGCCUCCUGCGCGCCCCUGAAGGGCUGCUGAGACGCGCGCUGCGAGCCCGCAGGAGUCGCCGCCUGGCGCGCGCCCCGUCUGUGUCCAGCGGGGACGAGGACGAGGAGCGCAGCGCCGUCCGCGUCCGGCUGCUCCGCGCCGAGGGCCUGGCCGGAGGAGCCGCCGAGCCCCGCGCCGUCGGCUGCCGCGUCAGCUUCGUCCUGCAGCCGCCGGGCAAGACGCGCCAGCAGCGCAGCGCCGUGGUCCGGCGGAGCCGCAAGGCCGCCUUCGACCAGGACUUCUGCCUCGACGGGCUCUCGGAGGACGAGCUGCGCCGCCUGGCCGUGCGCGUCAAGGCCGAGAACAAGGGCCGCGGCCUGGAGCGGGGCCGCCUGCUGGGCCAGGGCGAGCUGCUGCUGGGCCCCCUGCUGCUGCUCUGAGGGCGCGCAGCCCCAGGCCCUCCC